AUGAUCAAGCUGGCGUACGCGUGUUUGCUGGUGCUGCUGGCCCUCGCUAGCAUCGAAGCCGUUCCGGUCGGGCAGCCGCAAAUGGACCAGCAAAUGGGGCAGAUGCAGGACCAUCAGCAGGAUGGAGGAGCGAUGAUGAUGAUGAUGGCGAUGGAGGAUCCGAUGAUGAUGCAGCAGGAGCAGCAACCGCUUACGCUGGAAGACAUGGCUGCGGUUUACGAUCAGGGUGAGAUGGAUAUGGGCGAAAUGGUUCGCGAGAAGCGACAUCAUCGUUACGGCGGUGGUUAUGGCGGUGGCUACGGCGGAUAUCGGGGUGGAUACGGUGGCUUUGGAGGUGGAUACGGUGGAUACCGAGGUGGAUAUGGAGGAGGUUUCGGUGGCCAUCGGGGUGGAUACGGUGGAUAUCGUCGUGGUGGAUAUUACUGAGCGUGAUUC